GACGUUGUUGUCGCCGGCCGCACAGUCGGCCCUUGAUUGGUUGGCCAGGGCAGGGGAGGAGCCCUCUGUUCGCAAGCGGGAGAGAAGGGCCCGCCGAGGCGCUUCCCGGGUGGGCGGGGGCGUCUUUCUUUUCUGUGCGCCUCGCUGGGGCGCGCGGCCACUUUAUACCCCGGCAGGUCGCCUUGGGCAAAUCCGGUGAGUUUGCAUUCCCGGCUGCAGGUGAAGGCAUCGCCGGAUCAGGGGGCUGCUCCACGGCUCUGCGGCGGAAGAGGCACAGGGAUGAUGGCAAUGCUGUUUCUGAAUACUAUCAGGUCUGUCGGUAACUUUCUGCCACCUCCCCAAUGCCUCAUCUUCCGCAGCUCAGGCUGCGAUAUUAGAAAAGCGUGUAAGUUAAGAUAAUUCCCAUUUUCAAGUGAGACGUUGCAGGAGGGUGGCUGCGUGCUUUUGUUGGGGGCAAGUCAGAGGCAUCUAGUUAGUUUAUUGUGCCAUAAGCAAUUUUUUUUGCAGGUGACAUGCUACAUGACCAAACAGGAACGUGGUAGGAAAGCUUACAGCAUAUCUAGAUUGGGAUGCUAAAAGGAUAUGAUAGACUGUGGUACAGUGAUAAAACUGCUAGCACAUUUGCAAAGCUAAGCAGGGUUCAGUAUGGUUUCAUAUUGGAUGGGAUGAGAUUCCUCCAUUGCAGAGGGUUGGACUAGAUGGCCCUCAGGGUCUACCUUGCAACUCUACAAUGAUCAGCACCAUGCUCUGCUAACUGAGCUAGAGAUGAGUCUAUGAAUGUGAGGGCUUUAGAAUCUAAGAUAUUGUGUACUUUUACUGUGGUGAAAGGCCCACUGAACUCAGUGGGCUUGCUUUUGGGUAAGCAUGUGUGGAUUUGGGUAUUAAAGUGCCUGAGUAUUUAUUCUCUUCUGUCAGCAACCCAUAUGCAGGGCCCUUUCAAUGUACACAGUGAGUUCCAGUUCAAAAUUUCACGGUUUAUAAAUUUUAAGAAAAUUGUAUCUCUGUUCUGCCUUCAUACUUUUCUCUGUAGUGCAGAAAACAAACUGUUCUUAAAAGAAAGCUAAGAAAAUCUUGUGGUUACGAAGUUAAAUGUUUGCUUAUAUUCUCUCAGAAUUAAGAAUCUAACCCCAUAGGUUAUGAAAUCACUAGAAUCAGUAGAAAGGCUGAUCCACAUGCAGGUUGUUGCUUGGGUUUAAACCUGUUUUAAAAUGUUUGUAGUGAUGCUGAUUCUGUAUAAAUACCAGAAUCCUUCCUUUGAUUCUUUAGUGGGCUUAACAUAUCAUUGGACAUACUAACAAGCAGGUGUAAACUCAAGUCCUUUGUACAUCUAGCUAUGAGUAAGGACCAGAAAAUAUAUUGGGACUGAUUUCCAAGUAAGCAUGCAUACAGUUGGGCUGUAAGAGUACCUGUUGUAGGGAAUACCGUAUUUUUCGCUCUAUAACACGCACCCGACCAUAACACGCACAUAGUUUUUAGAGGAGGAAAACAAGGAAAAAAAUAUUCUAAACGAAACAGUGGAUGUAUGAUUUUUGUAGUUCAUGCUGUGGCCACAGACAUGUGAUCUGACAGUGAGUUUGGAGUAGCCCAAUGCAAAAAUCCUGAGGAUCCAUGUGGAUCCAUGCUUUGUAACCACGUUUUUGCACCACUGCGGCCCCAGGCAACAGUGGGUGCGUGAUUUUUGGUGCAAGAUGUAGCCAUGGACAUGCUAUGUGAUCUGAUGGUGAAUUUGGGGUGACCCAGUGCAAAAAUCCUGAGGAUCCAUGUGGAUCCGUGCUUUGUAACCAUGUUUUAAGUGGGGAGGGAAGGAAAAGCACUCAAGGGACAAGGAGCACACGUGGGGUGUGUGGAGAAGGAUGCUGCUAAUAAUGCAGAAGAGGGGUUUAAGGGGAGAAGGAACAUGCGUGGGGUGGGUGGAGAAGGAUGCUGCUAAUAAUGCAGGAGAGGGGUAUAAGAGGAGAAGGGUCCUCUCCUCUCCCACUUUGCUCCUUUAAAGAAGCAGGCUCUCUGUCCCUCUCUCCUCCCCACUCAGCGGCUCUUCUCCCGGCUCUUCUCCCGCUUUGCUGUUUCAAAGCGAGCCACGGAGGAGGGAAGGAAGGGGAACUAUGGAUCCUCUCUGCUCACGACUGCAGCAGAUCCCCCCCGCCACCCAUAGGCAUUCCCUCCAUAACACGCACAGACAUUUCCCCUUACUUUCUAGGAGGAAAAAAGUGAGUGUUAUGGUGCAGAAAAUACGGUAAAUGCUGAUGAGUGAGAGAGAAGCCAAUAAUACUCAAAGCUAGUUUGAACAGUGGCCCCUUGCUGAUCUGUCUCAUCCUUCUUGGAUUUUGACACUUGGAUAGGAAGUUGGUUGUUUUUUAAAAUCAUUUUUAUGCAGAAUUUAAUGCUUUUAAAUCACGUUGACUUUAAUACAUUUUAUAUUUCCCUUACUUGCCAGACUAAUUUCUAACGCAGAAUGUCGGUGAACCAUUUAUUUGGGAAUAAGAAGAGAAACAGCUCCAUAUUGUAUGGUGUGGAUCAGGCAAAAGUUACCACUUCACCAUUAUCUCUCCAGAGAGCUACAAGCCGAAGGAAUAUUGGAAACUGUGAAGAUGGCUUUCCACCAAGCAAGCGUUACAAAAGUCAUGCUGGAACUGAGCAUAAAGAACUGGAGGAUCCGUUUGGGGACAAUGAUGACUUUACAGCAGAUGAUUUGGAGGAGAUAGAUAUUAUUGCUUCCCAGGCAUUGACACAAAACGCUUCUUUAAAUGCGAACACAGUGAAACCUAAGCAGAAUGUGGAUCUGUCUUCCCACCCAAAUAGCACCAUCAAAACAUCUGAUCAUAUUAAGCAAUGGAAUAUUGCCCCCAAAUCUACAGGGCAGUUUGGUAUGUGCAGUCUAAAUGCUGUUUCAAAUUUGCAUCAGUAGGGAGAAAUUAGCAUCUUCUUACAUAAGUAUUUGGAAAGAAACUGCAACAAAUAUGCUUUCGGUUUUUUAUCCCUCCCUCCCUCCCUGCCCACCCCAUCUCCUACCCACAGUGUUUGGACAGUGCAGUUAAGAAUUUCAGGUCUCAGAGGUACAGCCUGGUGCUAUGUAACAAAGUGUAUUCUGGUCCUCAUUUGUGCUGGCAGUAUAGGAAUGUCAUAGAAUCAUAGAAGGGACCCUGAGCCAUGAGUUCAGUUGUGUGCACAUGUGCACAAAAGUAAAUCCUAUUGAAUUGUGGGACUUGCUUCCAGGGGAGUGUGAAGAGGGUUGCAGCUUUUAGGGUCAUUAGAAUUUAUUUUCUUGGUAGAAAUGUUUAGGAUUGCACUAUAGAAUUGGAUGUGUGGUUUCUGGACAUUUAGAUCUUUUUACACCAUGAAAACUGUUGAUUCUAGUUCAGUCCAUGUAGCAGACUGAAUACUGACGGUUCUGGUACACAGAACAUGCAGGUUGCCAUGCUGUCUUCCUUUUCUGAGUACUGGGGUGUAAGCAGAAUUAAAUGCCAAGCUCUAUGGAAUUUAUACUGCUUAGUUGUUUUGGAAGAUCCCAUGGAGCAAAAAUCCCAUGGAACAAGUUUUAUACCGAAAUCUUCACAUGUAGAUCCAGAUCGUUAAUUGGUACCCUCAAUCACAAAAGAAUUGAAUUGUUUAGGUCAAAUCCUGAGAUCACAAUUCACAAGUUUAUUUCUGUAAACAGGAAGUAGCACAGAAGAAACCUCAUCAAAAGACCAAUUUAGACUUGAGGCACUUCAAGCACAAUAUGAGGAAGCUGAGAAAAAGGUUUGUUUUGUUUUCUGAAAGAGUUCUGGUCUUAAGGCAGCCAUGCUCUGUGGCAUAUUCCGGUGCUGAAGUUGUGGACCCAAGAUUUGGAUUUCGUGGGGAAAAUACCUCUACAAGGGGAUUUGGGGGAGGACCUAUAGUUGUAUAUGCUAAACCACAGAGCCUAGGACUUGCCGAUCAGAAGGUCAGCGGUUCGAAUCCCGGCGAUGGGGUGAGCUCCCGUUGCUCGGUCCCAGCCCCUGGCCAACCUAGCAGUUCGAAAGCAUGUCAAAGUGCAAGUAGAUAAAUAGGUAAGGUAAAUGGCAUUUCCGUGUGCUGCUCUGGUUCGCCAGAAGUAGCUUAGUCAUGCUCGCCACAUGACCCGGUAGCUGUAUGCCGGCUCCCUUGGCCGAUAAAGCGAGAUGAGCGCCGCAACCCCAGAAUCGGUCACGACUGGACCUAAUGGUCAGGGGUCCCUUUACCUUUAAGGAUGACAAGUGGCUGAUUCAUUUUUUUCUCUCAGCAGUUACUGUUUCUUAUGGAAUUUAGAGAGUUAUUUGACCACUGGGGUAGUGAGGCAAAUGUAUGUGGAAGCUGGACUUAGCUCUGAUAGGUUGUAUAGACUUUUUUAAAAAAAUGCUUGUUGCAAAACCUCAGUGAAUAAGUGAACCAGGGGUGAGAAGUCUGAUGCCUAUUGCUGCUCUUAACAGCCCAGUCUGAUGCAGUUUUACAUGGCGGUGUCUGGCAUCACAUUCUUAAUGGGAGCAAUGGUUUUACUGGGGGGGGGAGGAGUAUGUGAAAUAAAGCUUGCAAAAUGCAUAUAAUUCUUCUGCUUGCAUCAUGUUCGUGAAUUUGCAGCUGAAGGAAAUGAAGGAUGAAAUCCUAAUUAAAAAUGGAGAAAUAAAAAUUUUACGGGAUUCAAUGCAGCAGAUGGAAUCCACUGCGGAGGAACAGCGAAAAUCAUACGCGCUACUGGAAAUGGAGAAAGCUCAAACUAUAUGUGAAAAAGAAAAGGAGUUUUCCAGAAAGGUACUAUUUAAUUAAGGGGGGGGGGAAUCCAUAACAAAAGCUUGUUUGAAGGUUCUUUUUCAUCUUUUCCUCCUUUUCUUCCCUCCCCUCUUUAAGCAAAAAAUUAAGGACUCUUAGUGCUAUGCUAAAUAGAAGAACAUUGAAAAGAUGGAAGUCCAUGUCAGAUUUGGUAUUUUUAUUACUGCUAUUGAAUUAAGGAAAUAAUGAGCUACUUUUUGUCAAAAAUAUUAGUGGCUUGUUUUGUACACAUAAGGGCUUAUUCUUGUUAAUUCUACAGUGGUGCCCCGCAAGACGAAUGCCUCGCAAGACGGAAAACCCGCUAGACGAAAGGGUUUUCCGUUUUGGAGGUGCUUCGCAAAAUGAAUUUCCUAUGUGCUUGCUCCGCAAGACGAAAAUGUCUUGCGAGUUCCUGCGGGGUUUUUUUCCUCCCCCCCCCCUUUUUCCCAAGCCGCUAAACCGCUUAUCAGCUGAUGGCUAAGCCGCUUAACAGCUGAUCGCUAAGCCGCUUAUCAGCUGAUCGUUAAGCCGCUUAUCAGCUGAUCUUUAAGCCGCUUAACAGCUGAUCUUUAAGCCGCUUAACAGCUGAUCGCUAAGCCGCUUAUCAGCUGAUCGCUAAGCCGCUUAUCAGCUGAUCCGCUAAGCCGCUUAACAGCUGAUCUUUAAGCCGCUUAACAGCUGAUCUUUAAGCCGCUUAACAGCUGAUCGCUAAGCCGCUUAUCAGCUGAUCCGCUAAGCCCGCUAAGCUGUUAAUACUGUAGCGCUAAUCCGCUAAACCGCUAAUGGGCUUGCUUCGCAAGACGAAAAUACCCGCAAGACGAAGAGACUCGCGGAACGGAUUCUUUUCGUCUUGCGAGGCACCACUGUAUUCUUUUUACAAUUUAUGUUUUUAGAAAAGGGUUUUUUUUUUAAAAAAAGGAAUGUACAUUUCAUUUUAAGCCGAUGAAUAAUGCCAUUUGAGAAUUAAGGUUAAAUACCUCUGUUAGAGAAAUCUGCCCUGUUAUUUCUGGUUGUGAUGCUAAUGGACGGCAAGUGUGGUGUCUAUAUUUCACUAGCAAAGCACUUGUUACACUCUAUCCCAAUCACUCAUGUUUUCACAAAGAAAGGAUUGGACUCUUAAACACUCAGCUUUCCUAAUUGAAAUUAAUAAUUUAGCAUUUUUAAAAAAUGGGUUUCUAAUGUCAAGUUUAUUCUUUCAGUUGGAGUCUCUGAAGUCUGAGCUGCAGUUCAGAGAUGCAGAAAUGAAUGAGCUGAAAAUGAAGCUUUCAAACUGCGAAAGAGUUAAACCUGUUACUCCUUCAAUGCCAUAUACCAGGUACGAAGUAAGAAGAUGAAUUCUGUCCACUAAAUUCCAGACAGUUGGGCCAGCUAGGAGUUUGAGCAUCCAUCCUUCUUAUAGCUGAAUGUAAUUAAUUGCACUGCUGUUUUCAUCUUGCAAACUGUUGUGCGGAGACUUAUCAUUGAAUGCACAGCAUAAUUCUUAAAACAAGGUUGUCUUUAAUUUGCAAAAUCUUCCAGUCUAUAAUUGGAGAAUAAACUAAUGUCUGGUGCAGUCUGCUUGACACUGCUCCUAUGCAAACUGCACUGGCUGCCUAUUUGCUAUCAGGCCCGAUUCAAGGUGUUGACCACUAUAUAUCUUGAGACCCAAGGCCUUGAUGGUGCACUUCUUCCCAUAUCUGCCAGGCUGGGCCCAGCAAUCUGCAUGGAAGGCCUGUUUCGUGGUCCCUUUGGUCAACAUGACCCAGAAUAGGGCCUUUCUUGUGCUGGCCCACCCAUUUGUGGAACUCCCUCUUGCAUAAAAUAUAUACAGUAAGUUCCAACAGGGUUUCUUUGGAUGAGGAGGGAUAACAUGAGAAAAAUAUUGCACACUACACAUCAUGCAUCCAGUAUUCUGGAGAAAAUUCUUUUAGUUGAUAUAGAAGAAAUUUACCCUGCAUAUUCUCCUAUUCAAGUGUUCUUCGUUUUCUAAUGAUUCACACAAGUAUUUAGGGGAAGUAAGUGAAUUGUUAUGUUUGUUUUAGACGUUGCUCUUGAGCGGUUUUGAAUUAUUUUUCAAUUACUGUACUAUACUUUGUUGUUAUUUCCUCUGACUUGGGAUUCUCCUGGAUAAGGAGAAGUUUACAAAUGUAAAAAAUAAGUUAAUCGUUUUAAAUAAUAUUUUGCAACUGAUUCAGAUAUUUUAUUUAACCAUUUAGUCCAAAGAAGAGCCCUCGUAACAUUUCAAAAGCCGAAGAAUGUACUCAGGAGAAAAAAAGUUUCCCCACUAAAGAUUCUUUUCGAUCUGAGGUUUCGCCUAAACCAUCAUACUCCAGAACACAAUUGUUUGUCCAAGCGUUGCCAUUUAUUAAGGGUAUGUAAAUUCUUAGUUAUAUUUGACCGUUGUACAUCUUGCCGUGAUGUCACCCUGGUCGCUCACCUGGGCAAAAAUCGAUAUCACUGGAGUUUGGCUUCAAGCAGGUCCUGCAAGAAUGGAUGGAAGAUGUGCAGCAGCAGCUAGAGUCAACACCGCCAUGCAGAACAGGUGGACAAGUGCUGGGUCUUCUGCCUCUGGUUAAUAACAAUAAUAAUAAUAAUAUAAUUUAUUAUUUGUACCACGCCCAUCUGGCUGGGUUUCCCCAGCCACUCUGGGCGGCUUCCAACAAAGAUUAAAAAUACACUAAAAUAUCACACAUUAAAAACUUCCCUGAACAGGGCUGCCUUCAGAUGUCUUCUAAAUGUCAGGUAGUUGUUUAUCUCUUUGACAUCUGAUGGGAGGGUGUUCCACAGGGCGCCACUACUGAGAAGGCCCUCUGUCUGGUUCCCUGUAACUUUGCUUCUCGCAGUGAGGGAACUGCCAGAAGGCCCUCAGCACUGGACCUCAGCGUCCGGGCAGAAUGAUGAGGGUGGAGAUGCUCCUUCAGGUAUACGGGGCCGAGGCUGUUUAGGGCUUUAUAGGUCAACACCACCACUUUAAAUUAUGCUCAGAAAUAUACUGGGAGCCAAUGUAGGUCUUUCAAGACCGGUGUUAUGUGGUCUUGGUGGAUGCCCCCAGUCACCAGUCUAGCUGCCGCAUUCUGGAUUAGCUGUAGUUUCCGGGUCACCUUCAAAGGUAGCCCCACGUAGAGCACAUUGCAGUAGUCCAAGCGGGAGAUAACUGGUUACACUUGCAGAGGGCCCACUGCUGUUUACUGGUUGUUCCAAGUCCAUAGACUACCUGUGAGUGGUGUUUGUCUACCAUAGGGCAGCAAACUAUUAAAAUAAACCUCCACCUGUAUUGUCUGGGUUUAAUGCAAAAAUAUAUGCAAACUUUCUGUUAAGCUAAAUUAAAUGAUUGGGCUUGGGCAGAAAAAUCUAUUGAUUCCUGCAGUUCAUUGUUAGACUUACAUUUACUGAGCUUCAGUUUGCUCCCUUUGCUUUCUAUAAUUUCCCCCCAGUUGGAGGCUAUUCACUCAGGAGUUUCUUGCCAUUUUUACUAGGUUUCUAGAUAUGUUGGAAUUGAAAGCAGUGAGCUAGCUGACAAGGCUUCUAAGUUUGGAAAUCCAACCUGCUGUUAGGUGCACAGGGAUCUGUGUGGUUUCUUCAUGAUUGUUUAGUUUAAUUUAAUUGAAGGGUGUCAGUUUUUUAAGGCCUUUGGACAUGAUUACUGGCAAAUGAAAGUUGAGUAUGGAUGCUUGGCAUAAUCUGUUGUAUUUACACUGUAUGGUUUACUGUUAAUUCCUAAUCCACAUAUUUCUUCUCAAUAAAACUGGCCUGGAUUGCUCUUCUGCCUUUAACAGCACUGGUUUACCUUAAUUCAAGGUAAAGCUUUCACAACACAGAGAUAAGCAUGAUCACCUACUAAUAUCUCCAGGUCAUACUGCUCCUAAAAGCACAGAAGCAGAAAUUAACCUGUCAGUUUACAAGUGACUGGAUUUGAACCCAGAUCCAGGUUCUUAAAUGGUACCCAUAGUCUUGAAGUUCUCAGUUUAUGCUGGCUUCAGAUAACCUAACCAUGCAAAUACAUUUACUUAUUCUACAUCUAGCCUAUGGAAUGGGUGUGAGCACCUACUGAUUUUCUGAUGUAGCAAAAUACAUUUUUAACCCUCUUAAAUAUAUGUAUCUCUGUUUGCUACAGUUAAAGCAUGAAAAUGAAACAACAGCAACAGUGCUAUUGCCUCAUGAUAUAAGGCCGUAUAGAUAGGGCUAAAAGUCAAAAGGGAAUUGAAUAUGACUGCUUGAAUUACUACAAAGAUUUCUUUCCAGACAGUAAGAUGCCUAACCAAGAAAAUGAGCUUGUGAAGGAAGAAAAACGUUUGAAUAUCUUUGCUCAAAGAAAAGGUAAUUUCAUCUAAGAAAUACUCCAGCUGCAUAUAUUUCUUAGGACUGGGGUUGGAAACUUAUAUUUGAAAGCAUAAAAUAUGAUCCCAUAAUGAUAAUAGGAGCCCCAAAAUACUGCUGUGAGUUGUUAAGCAGUGAAGUCCCCACAAUAAGUUUCUAAGUCCUCUUCUUCUGAGUGUGUCCCUGUUUCCCAGAAUGCCACCUGCCCCCAAACCCUUUUGAGUUAUAAACCAAGCAGAAAAUUGGCACUGCUUUUAUGAAUUGCAAGUAUUUUGAGCCACAAAUAACGCCGAAGCAACUUUAUCAAUAACCUUUAAUGUAUGAAUGGGAAUAAACAAACAAGACAGACAAUUUCACCAUAAUGAGUUUCUAAGCUACAUUAAAUAUUAAUUCUUGUUAAUGUUUCACAGCUAAUCUAGCCAAUGUUGUUAUAGUUACUGGACUCACAGCUGGUUGAUGCUACCUGGGAGUGAAUUACCUUUGUGGCGGCUUCAAAAGUGUCUGUUUGACCAAACCCUGACUAUUCUUCUGAUGGAUGAAGCCAAAUAUAAAAGGGCCAAUAUUUAUUUGUUUCAACAAUGUAUGUGCCACUUCACACCAUAGUUUCUAAGCAGUGGAUUUCAAGUAAAAUACUCCUAUUGUGAAUUUGGGGUUCCCAUAAUGUGGGUUAGGACUCUUUUCAGCUGCAGAUGUCACCAUAAGCAAACUUGGUCCAAAAAUAGAUGUUGAAGAUGUCUGUUCUUUCCAUUCUGCAACUGGUCAUGCUUAUGAUUGUCUGUAAUGAGUCACAUUGUCUUCCUUGCACCUGUUGUUUUGUAAGUGCAAUUGCAGUAUUGGUUUAGCCUAACAUUGCAAUAAAUAUGUAUGAGGGUGACUGAAUUUGGUUUUCUUUUGUGUGGGAACUGUCUUCUGAAAGUAGACUAAGUAGUUAGUACAGUGGUACCUCAGGUUAAGUACUUAAUUUGUUCCGGAGGUCCGUACUUAACCUGAAACUGUUCUUAACCUGAAGCACCACUUUAGCUAAUGGGGCCUCCUGCUGCUGCCGCACCGCCGGAGCACGAUUUCUGUUCUCAUCCUGAAGCAAAGUUCUUAACCUGAAGCACUAUUUCUGGGUUAGCGGAGUCUGUAACCUGAAGCGUAUGUAACCCGAGGUACCACUGUAUUUCUCACACGCACACACAGCUCUAUCUGAAAUGCCUUAUUUUUACACCCAUCUUGAGGCUUAUCUCUUUCCUUUACAGUAGUAUUGGGGCUGCUGAGCAACAACUCCCCUCAUCUCCCCAAUCACAUUGGCUGGGGCUGAUAGGAGGGGUAGCCUAAUUACCUCUUAAUGGCUACAGAUUUUCCGCCCCGAGAGCAAAAACGAGGCAAGGGCAAUAUAGCUUGCUUUCAAAUGUAAUUCCUGGCAAACUGCCCUCUUUAUACGUAGUCAAAAUUUAUGGACUUGGUUCCCUUUCCAAGUAGAAGGGAGAACAUAAUGGCAUUGGCACGAAUGAAUUACAUUUACUUCACUCCUCCUUACUUGCACUGGGAGGAAACAAACCACGAUCGCUGGUUGAGCAUUACAUCCAAGCUCAUACAAAUAUGGGAGCAGAACAAACUAUGAUCCCUAGUUUGGGUGUCAUGCUGUGAGUCUAGAGGUGUGUGUUUUAUUUCUUCCCAGCGUGAGUGGGUAGGAGCUGAGUGUGCCUGGUUUGCUUGUGUCCAGUAAACCAUGGUUUACAGCUUACUGUGAUAUGUAGAAACGGCUAUUGUGUACAUAUGUAUGUGUGUGCUCAACUUUCUGUGUAUGUGUCCAAGCAGUACUCUUCUCAUACCGUAAGUUGCUUAUAUCAAGGCAUGGAAUAUAUAGCAAAUGCAAAUACUGUUGAUUUUCUUUUUCCACUAUAUUUGCAAAAACAUCUGCUUGGCAGUUUUACACUCCAGCGGCAAUGUCCAUCUUGAACAUUGGAUUUUUAUAUUGUUGCAGGUUCCAUUUUGAUCAAUGCAUUGCUGAAACAGCCUGUCGUUCCUGAAUCAUCACUAGGCCUCUGCUAUCUUCUUAGCUGUAAUGUUGAUGCUCAGUCUGGACCUUCUAUGCAGUCGAGUUCCUUCGAAACGUAUGUUUUCAGCAAUUUGUGAUACUUAGAAUGUAAUUUUAAGUAAUGCCUGCUGCCGUCCUGUGCUGACCCAAAAAGCCCAGCAAGCAGAAAAACUCUGUUUCAUGUAGAUGUUUUACGCUGUAAUCUGCCCUGAGAUCAUUAUUGAAUCUUAGAAUUGUAAAGUUAGAAGGCAUCUGCUCUUGGGGAAAUGUUAAAUUAAGAAAAGGUUGACCUGGCUCUUUGUAAGCCUUGCAUACUGUAGUGGGUUAAGAUACUAAGCAAUUUAUUUUUUCUGCGCCUGUUUGUGUAGAGGAUCUACAGGAAGCAUCAGCAACAGGAGUGCAAGCUCUGAGGAAGAAGAAACUUCACUGAGAAUCGCUCAGAAGCUUGCCUUAACGGGAUUGAAUUUGAUUGCUGUGGAUGAAGGCUCGUUGGCAGAAAACUCAAAAGAAACUGAGCAAAGAAUAUCCCACCUUAAGCGCUAUAAAAUUCCUGGAGCAAUACAUCUUCUUCCUCUCCUUGAACAUCAUAUUGGUGCCUACCACCAAGCCCUCCUCCUAAUGAUGAAGACGGGAAGCUCUUCUGGGAACCAAUCCGCUUGCUCUUCCAGGACCUCCUCAAGUGCAGCGUCAAGUGUAGACGAUAAUUUGCCUACUCUGGAAGAGUUUGCACUUGUGUCCCUGGGCAUUCUUUAUUAUUUGGUAUCCUAUAGCUGGGAUGUUCUUUAUACACUGCUCUCCCUUACCAUGAAACCAGAUUGUGGUUUGGGAGCUCCAGAAAUUCUGGAGAAGGAUGAAGCUGUUUGCAGUAAGCAGUGCAGAGUCGUUCUUCAGGAGCCCAGCCCAGACCUAAAUACUGCUAAUGUGGACCAGUCCCAACAUCCUCUAUUUAAAAAGGUGCUGCAGCUCUUGGCUUCGUGUGCUACAGCAGCAGGGUACCAAAGACAUGGAAUCAUGAAUCAGUGUCUCAGAGUUCUGGUGAAAUUAGCUGAAAAGUCAACGGUUGAUUUACUUAUAAGGUAAAAUACAACUUGAGCAAAAUGUCUUUUCCAAACACCUAUUUCCUUCCUGCCUUGAUCUAAGAUUCAAAGUCAUCGUAGUUAUAUUAUUAUUGUUGUUGUUGUUGUUGUUGUUAGUUAAAUUUAUAUACUGUCGUUCAUCUGAAGAUCUCAGGGCAGUUCACAAGAAAGCGAUACAGGAUAAAAGCACAAAAUAAAUAGUUAAAACAAAAACAAAACAGUAACCCCCUCCCACAAACAAAUUAGUAAAGGAUGCCAUUAGGAUAGGUCUUGCAAACACACACACACACACACACACACUACAUAUAAAAGGCUGCCAUUCAUUACAGAAAGGCAAUUAGAAAGGCUAAUUGUUACGCAGAAACCUCUGCAUAUUUCCAGCUGAAAUGCAUAUAAAUUAUGCAAGCAAAUAACAAUUAUGUAUCACUGAAUACUCUAGAAAAAAAAACUGUUCUUGUGCAGAAUGCAUUCCUAAGAGGUUGUGUCCAAUUCUUGCCUGAAAACUUCUUUCAAGUCUUAUGGGCAAAGCAUAGGGCCAUUCUGAGCAUGUGCAAAUUGGGACCAUAUGCAAAUUAAAUGCAUAGUAGAAAGAAAAUGUAACCAUAUACAGUGGUGCCUCGCAAGACGAAAUUAAUUCGUUCCGCGAAUUUUUUCGUCUAGCGAAUUUUUCGUCUUGCGAAGCACGAAAUCCCAUAGGAAUGCAUUGAAAAUCAAUUAAUGCGUUCCUAUGGUCAAAAAAAGUCCAAACAAAGCCAAAUUUGGUACAACAAGAGUUUAUUAAGUGCUCUUUAAAGUCACACAUACUGUAAAGAGCAUUUCAAAAUUCAAACCCAGAAAUUUUUUUAAAAAACAGCAGAGUUGCCCAAUGGUCACAGAAAAUCAUAAAAAUACAGAAAGAAAAAAAAGCUUCCAGAUUCUUGCAAACAACCUCCCCAACUGUUCCCCCAGCCACCCAGCACACAGAAAUUCAAAUCCAGAAUUUUUUUAAAAAAACAGCAGAGUGGCCCAAUGGUCACAGAAAAUCAUAAAAAUGCAGAAAAAAACACACAAGCUUCCAGAUUCUUGCAAACCCCUCCCCAACACCAAGUCCUUGAAUUCCAAACACCCCAACCCAAAAUCCAAACCCCCCCCCCAAAAAGUUUUAAAAGCUUAACUUACCAAAUGGCUGCAAAAGAAGUUUUGGAAAAGCUUCAAAAAUCACCAAAGUCUGUAAAAACCGCAAAAAGGCUACUAUGUACACUGCGUUCUAUGAGUUGCUCCUCGAAGUCAAGUCGCAACUGUAUUAACGGUGUUAAGAAAAAGGAAACAAACUUGCAAGACUUUUUCGUCUUGCGAAGCAAGCCCAUAGGGAAAUUCGUCUUGCGAAACAGCUCAAAAAACGGAAAACCCUUUCGUCUAGCGAGUUUUUCGUCUUGCGGGGCACCACUGUAUACAUUUUAUUCUGCUACAAACUUUUCCUGUUCUGAUUCCUAAUAAUACUCUUGCCUUUGUGGAAAAACUUACUUUUGUAAUCCUAAACAUACAUACUUGAAUACAGUAGGACUUACUUCUGAGUAAAUAUGCAUAGCAUUACUUGACUCUUUUAGACAUUUUCUAACAGUAUAUAUACUAUCUGCAAUAAUUAUUGCUGCUACUCUAAUUUGUAUUUUAUUUUUCUAUUAAGCUUUCAGCAUUUGUUGAACAGACAAACACAGACUCUCCUCCGCUGCCUGUCUUCUGACUCUCCCUUGUUUGCUGUCCAUCUGACUGUUCAGUUGUUAACUUUAUUUGCUCAGCACUUGGAGCUGGCUGCUCAGUUUUGUUCUUGUUCAGGUGAGAGGGAGAAAAUCUUCACUAUCCUAGCGCUUUUACGAAACAUUGACUUUGUAAGGCUGGAGUGAAAACUGAAUUUAACUAGUUUAUUUUAACAGAUUUUUUGUGUUUUAAGCUUACAGCCUGAAAAAACUGUAUUACUUGCCUCAAGACUUCUGCAUUCUUGAACUUCUGCAUGAAAAUAUUUUGCUAUCCAUUAACAUCCCAGCGCCUCAAUUAAAGCAGACUUUCAAAGAAGUGAAAAAAAUUAGAAGUGCUAGCUUACAAGAAGAAAUGUUGGCAGUUGCUCACAUGUACCUGUGAGUUUUACACCCUGUGUCAACAACCAGUGGCUCUGGUGGCCUGUAGUAUCUAUAAAAUAACUAGCAUUCUCUCCAGAUGUGUAGGUGAACUGCCAAAAAAGCCUAAGAAUUUGCACAAAUGCAGUGUACUGUUUGGUGCUGUGAGCCACCAUCAUAAUUUUGUUUUCCGCUUUUUGGUUUCCCUUGGGCUCUUUAAAUAGGCCAAAGAUUUUGCAUGCUAGGUGUCUUGUGAUCUGAGGUUCUGGUCCUUUUUGGGCAUCAUGCAUAGCCUCCAGACCCAGCGAUCAACUGCUGGAGCUCUCUGUUGGUUGCCAAGCCUGGUGCUACGCUGGAGUUCAGGAAGACUGACUGAACUCUUUUUCUUUUCCCCUCAGCAGAGAGAGAGAGAGAGAGAAAGAAUGCGCAAUUUAGAAGUGUUGAGGUGGUGGGCCCUACUCAUGGAGAAAGCUGUGGGAGUUGUAACCUUUGUGCUGUGCUCUUUACAGCAGUACGAGUUGCUGGCCCACCUCAGCUCCUUUUUUUUACCCACAGUUAAUUAUUUGAGGAAGUGAGAGGUUUUUUGAGGGUGGAGUAAGAAGAUGAACAGACACAAAGGAGAAGAGCUCAUUCAAAUGAAGUAGGUCAGGCAUAGGCAAACUUAGCCCUCCAGAGGUUUUUAGGACUACAACUCCCAUCAUCCCUAGCUAACAGGACCAGUGGCCAGGGAUGAUGGGAGUUGUAGUCCCAAAACGUUCUGGAGGGCUGAGUUUGCCUUUGCCUGAAGUAGGUGGUGCAAAUCACCACUUGACACAUUAUUCUUUCAAGGUUAUUUUAGAGGAUUCAGUUUUGGUCCUGUAUGGUAAUUCCUCCUUUUCCCUUCCCAUUGCCCCUUUUUAAGAGGCACUUUUGAAAUGGAUUUGAAGUGUGGUUUUUAAUGCUAUUUAAUUUUUUAUAUAAAAAGACCCAGGGAGCUGCUAUUCAGAAUAACUUUGUCGUUUUUAAGGCAGUGCAUUAGCAUUACUAAUGGAUAACAUAGAAAUACUUUAUUACUACACAUUUCUUUUUAUAGAAACCUGUCUCCUCUUGGCACUGUACACGUAUAUUACAUCACGACCAGAUAAGUCAGCGACCGAGAUGUGUUGGCUGCAACUGGAACAAGAGGUAAAAGGGUGUGCAUCUCUGUGUGGUUUUUAAAGUGUGAGUUUGGAAUAAUGGUUCAAUUUCUUAAUUUAACAGGAUAUGCUGGUGAGGGGGAUUGCAACUUAGUGCUCAGCCCCGCAAGCUUCCUUUGCAGAUUUUGUUAACCCUAAAUGUGCAUGCCUGAAGAAGGUUUUUGUGGAAACCAGCAGUGGGGAAGUCAGAUAUCUUAUUGCUGCAGGCAGCAAGCAGUAGCAGCCAGGCACUCCUUUUGGCACCUUGGGAGUUGUCACCACUGGGCACCCCAGCCUACUGCCUCUCCUACUGCCUGCCAAGUCCAACCCCAGUUAGGAAAAGAGGAGGGGAUGUGUGCCCAGAAUUACUGAAGCAGGGUUUGCGUUGUGUGUAUCCAGCCAUGGGAGGAAAAGGGGCAGUUAUGGGGUGAUGUGUUGAGUGGAGACCACUCAGAAACAGAUGGGAAGCCUAGCAGACAGGGCCUCCUCUAACCUGGAGCUAGCCCUAGUUAAUGUGCUAUUGAAUGAGUGUAUUAAAACUGAUAUUAAAGCUCAAUCCAAUGCACAUUGCUUUGAAGGUUUUUUUCCAGGUACAGUCCUACCUCGGUUCUCGAACGGCUUAGUUGCCGAACAAAUCAGCUCCCAAACUCCACAAACCCAGAAGUAAGUGUUCUGGUUUGCAAAUGUUUUUUGGAAGCCAAACUUCCGACAUGGCUUCUGCUUGAGUGCAGGAAGCUCCUGCAGCCAAUUGGAAGUUGCACCUUGGGUUUUGAACGGUUUCGGGAGUUGAACGAAGUUUGAUAACCAAGGUACGACUGUACGUGUGCAGAGGGUUGCAGACUUGCUUACAUCCUGUUGAAUUUAAUGAGGCUUACUUUGAGCACAUGUAUAUGUGAGUGCACUGUGAGUCUGAUACUUUAAGGACAUUUGCUUCCUCCCCUCCCCUGCUUCAUCUCGACAUCUACAUAGUCUGUUCUUUGGUUUUUGUUUCAUUUUGUCUUAGACUGUUCGCUUGCUGACCAAGUGUGCGCAGUGCUGCAGCAACUCUGUUUCACUGGUUGGAACAGACUGCCAGUGCAACUCUGAGGUAACCCACUGAAUUAAAUGAGGCCUUUACGGCAUAAUUCUGGUUGUAGCAAGUUUGUCUGUAUUUAUUUUAAAGGUGAAAAAUUAACCCAUCCAUGAUGCAUUAUCGGUGUAAUAUUACUAGAAAGGAACACUAUCCUAUUAGAGUACGUGAUUUAAGAAUAAUUAAUAUUUAUAACAACAAUUUUACUUUUCUGUACUGCAACAAGAUGAUCAAGGGUCUGGAAACCAAGCCUUAUGAGGAAUGGUUGAGGGAGCUGGGUAUGUUUAGCCUGGGAAAGAGGAGACUGAGAGGAAAUAUGAGAGCCAUCUUCAAAUAUCUGAAGGGCUGUCACAUGGAAGAUGGAGCAAGGCUUGUUUUCUCCUGCUCUGGAGGGCAGAACUCGAACCAAUGGAUUCAAGUUAAUAGAAGGGAGAUUCUGACUAAACAUCAGGAAGAACUUUCUGAUAGCAAGAGCUGUGUGACAGUGGAACAGUCUCCCUUGGGAGGUUGUGGACUCUCCUUCCUUGGAGGUUUUUAAGCAGAGGUUGGAUGGCCAUCUGUUAUGGAUGCUUUAGCUGAGAUUCCUGCAUUGCAGGGGGUUGGACUAGAUGACCCUCAGAGUCCCUUCCAACUCUACAAUUCUAUGAGUACACUUCCAUAGGAAUAUAAGAGCACUGCUUGAUCAGGCCAAAGGGCCAUCAUAGUUCAGCAUCCUGUUUUCACAGUGCCUAACUGGGUACGUACGGGAAGUCUGCAAGCCAGAACCUAAGUGAAACAGCACUCUCCCCACUUGUGAUUCCCAGCAGCUAGUACCCAGAGGCAUGCUGCCUCCGAUAGUGGUGGUAGAACAUAGGCAACAUGGCAAGUAGCCAUUGAUAGCCUUGCCAUCCAUGAGUUUCUCUUUGCAAAAUGGCAGCAGUGGAAAAGCCAUAUUUGAGAACUGUGUUGUGCUUUCUCCUACAGGUAGUGAAGGCUCUUAUUAUAAUGAUGCAUAGACAAUGGCUGACGGUCAGAAGAGUGGAAGGAAACUUGCUUGAUGUGCGUGGAAAGCAAGUUGUUCGGUUUUUACGGGACACUGUUUUGCUCUUACACAGUUUGUCUCAAAGGGAUAAACUCUUCCAUGAACAUUGCCUGGAAGUGCUUCAUCAGUAUGAUCACGUCAUGCCUGGUGUCAGAGCCAUCCUCAGAAAAGUUCCAGAUCUGAAAGCCUGUGAAGGUGAGGCUGCUGGCGUGAAAUAUGUGUAUCUUAGUGAAUAUUGAUAUCAUUAAAGUAACCUGCAGCCGUGCAUGUUUUCUCAGAAGUGAACCUGAGUACCAAGUUCAGUGGGACUUGUCUUCAAGCAGGUGUGCACAGGCUUGCAGCUUUAAGCUUCCAGGCUUUUUAUUAUUCACUGACUUCAGUACUGAUCUUUGGACAUUUGUUUAGCCUUACUGUUAAUAUCAUGCCAAUCUACUGUGCAUGCAAACUGAAUGUUACUCCUUUGCUAGAACCUAUGAAUCUAAGGCCACGUUUAAAUGGACAACACAUUAGUUUUGAAUUGGAUUGGCACAGAGGGUUGUGCUGUUACCAAUUCAUGUAGUAAUAAUAGGAUAGGAAGAUAAAUAGGCAGUAGCAAUACAAGAGAAGUACGUGAUAUUCUGGGGCCAGUGCUAGUAUUGCCUCUCUGUAUUCCUUGCAGCUGUAUUCCUUGAUGCAUCGUGACUAUAUUUUAAUAUUCCACUUUAUUACUUUACACUUUGCUGUAGUUAAGCAUAUGAAUCUGCUGUUGAGUCCUGAGCGUUGGUAUAUCUUCUAGCCCAGGGUUUCCCAAACUUGGGUCUCCAGCUGUUUUUGGACUCCAACUCCCAUCAUCCCUAGCUAGCAGGACCAGUGGUCAGGGAUGAUGGGAAUUGUAGUCCCCCCCAAAAAAACAGCUAGAGACCCAAGUUUGGGAAACCCUGUUCUAGCCCUGUGCCUUUGGCACUGACUACAAGCAGCUCUUCAAGGUCAUAGGCAAAGGCCUUUCCUAGCCCUGGUGCCUUAGGUACUUUUAAUAGGAGUAAUAGUGUUUACCAUUGCACUACUAUUGAUCUACGGUUCUUUGUCUAAAUUAUUCCCAAACAGAGGACCUUGUUGUUGCUUCUUCACUGGCAUAGUAACAACUUUUUUAAAAGUACCAUUCCUAGUGUGAAACCCAGACAGCCAUCUUUUUCCAAUAGCUAAUAUUUAGAUACUGGCCACAUUCCUAUGUUGUACUAAACCAUGGUUUAGCAGUGCAUUCCUGACUUGUAGGAAACUUUGGACUUGUACACUUCCCUCCUCCUUCCUUUAUGCAUGGCUUGGAGGAGGAAUUUAGAAGCUUCCAAUUGCACUUUGGAUAACGAUGAUUUGUUGAGUUGUCUGGACUGAUAAACUGUGUUAACAGAAACAUGUUUAAACCAUGUUUUUUCGAAGCGGACUUGUUUAAAUGAACCGUAAUUAAGUUUAACCACAGUUCAGAGUCUAGACAACUAAACAAGCUGUGGUUAGCCAAAAGCAGAAGCACAUGCUUCUGAACUCCUCUUCCCAGCCAUGUUGGAGGAGUGGGCAGUGUGUGGACCCAAGGCUUACUGCAACUUCUUCCUGCUCAUGCACAUCAUGCUAAGCCAGAUCCUAAACGUAUUAUGGCAACUCAGACUGUUGAUCCGUCCAGCUCAGUUUUGUCAGCACAAGGGGUGAGGAGGCUGUGGCUGUUCAGAUGUUGCUGGACUACAACACCCACCAUCUCUGACCAUUAGUCACAGUGGCUGAUGGGUUGUGACUAAUGGAAAUUGGGAGUCUUUACAAGGGUCCACAUUUUCCUCCAUUUCUCUUUACCGCACUAUAAGGCAGGGAUGAGAAACCUUGGCCUCCCAGAUGUUGCUGGGCCCUAGUUCCCAUCAGCCCCAGCCAGCAUGGCUAAUGGGUCAAGGAUGAUGGGAGUUGGUGUCCACUGGGAAAUUCUUUCACUCCUAAGAUACAUGUUUUUCUCCCCCAGAACUUGCAUUGGAUGAACUGUACCCAUUGGAACCAGAAGUUGAGGAUCAAGAAAUUGACUGCAGCUAAUCUUGGUUCAAGAGUAUAUUGGUUUACUUUCUAGAAAAGGCAAAUUUUGAUAUACUAAACUUGUCCCAAGUGUCCAGUAACCAGGAACUAUUCCAAUGGAAGCAGUAUGUUGGUGUGUUUUUUUUAAAACUGUUAUGCUAAAUGAAUUUGCAGCCUAAUAUAUUGUAAUAUAACACUGGUGGCUGAAGGAUGUGAUAUUAAAAAUAAAAUCUAAAAAUCUGUUUCUGUGUUUAUGGGAAGGACUUCUUUGCUCUUCAAAUGUUGCUCUGCUUAGAUCAGAAUAUUGUGGGAACCUGUUUAAAUAUGUAUUUCAC